UCCAGAUCCGGAAGUGAUUGUUUGUGUUUUUGUGCGAGUGGAAGGCGCCGAGCUGAAACCGGUCCGGGAGUUCCUGUUUGUUACUGUUUGUAGCCGCACAGAGUUCAGUUUCACCCCGCCGGACCUCCCCGGGACCCCGAGCCCAUCCCCCGGCACCGGCUGCAGCCGUUACCGUCCGCCGUUUGUGUCUCCUCCGGCGCCGCGAGCCGUGAGCCGUUAGACGGUGUUGUUGGGUGUCAUGGCGGCGGGAGGCGGCGCGGCUCAGACUCAUGUCGGAGACGUAGAAGAAGACGCGUCACAGCUGCUCUUUCCCAAAGAGUUUGAGAACUCGGAGACUCUGCUGAACUCGGAGGUCCACAUGUUGCUGGAACACAGGAAGCAGCAGAACGAGAGCGCGGAGGACGAACAGGAACUGUCCGAAGUCUUCAUGAAGACUCUGAACUACACGGCGAGAUUCAGCCGCUUCAAGAACAGAGAGACCAUCACGGCUGUCCGCAGUCUGCUCCUGCAGAAGAAGCUCCACAAGUUUGAGUUGGCUAGUUUAGCAAAUCUGUGUCCCGAAGCAGCUGAGGAGGCCAAGGCCCUGAUCCCCAGUUUGGAGGGCCGGUUUGAAGACGAGGAGCUGCAGCAGAUCCUAGACGACAUCCAGACCAAGAGAAGCUUCCAGUACUGAGACCAGGACCAGGUCCAGGUCCAGGACUUCCAUCAGCCCCCCACCCCCACCCCCACCUUUUUUUUAAUUAUGUCCUGAUGUU